GCCCGUGGAAAGCCCCUGACGGGUUUUUGUAGAGCCGCUGGAAACUGGGCUAAGGAGUGAAAGGGAGUCGGAGCUGGAUUCCUUCAGAGAGAGGGGAAGUUGACGCACCAGCCUAAGAAUAGCUCAGGGAGGGGAAGUAUGGACAAUGUUGUCACCAAAGCUGCUGAUGAAACCGCGGCCAGAAGUGGAGGAGUCUUUGGGCCUUCCCAUGAUCGGGGCCUUUGACUCGUAAAAGGCUCCUCCAAGAAGCUUCGCAGACCAGAAGAGGGGGAAGAAAGAGCAGCCGGCUGCCGGAGGGAGCAGACCGCGUCCUGGAGCGUGGGGAAUUGGGGGGGGCGAGAGGAAGUCGCUGUAUGUGGAGUUUUCGGACAAAAUGCUUUCUCUGAAGAAAUACUUCACCGAAGGCCUCAUCCAGUUCACCAUCCUGCUCAGCUUGAUCGGCGUUCGCGUGGACGUGGACACCUACCUGAACUCGCAGCUCCCCCCUCUCCGGGAGAUCAUUCUUGGCCAGAGCUCCGCUUACACCCAGACCCAGUUUCACAACCUGCGGAACACCUUGGAUGGAUAUGGCAUCCACCCAAAAAGCGUAGACCUGGACUAUUACUUCACCGCUCGCAGGCUGCUCAACCAGGUGAGGGCCCUGGACAGGUUUCAGGUGCCCACCACCGAAGUCAACGCCUGGUUGGUGCACAGAGACCCCGAAGGCUCCGUGUCCGGUAGCCAGCCCAGCGCCGGCAUCGCCCUAGAGAACGGCAGCGGCCUGCAGGAUGGGAGCGGUCCCGACAACAGCGUGAGGGAGAGCGGAGCGGAGCAGGGCUUUGGGGAAGAACUGGAAGAUUUGGGAGCGGUGGCUGCCCCGGUGAACGGAGACCUGACCAAAGAGGUGCCCGGUGCGGAGGAUCAGACAGCCCUGUCCCUGGAGGAGUGCCUUAGGCUGCUGGAGGCCACCUUCCCUUUCGGGGAGAAUUCCGAGUUUCCAGCUGCGGAUGUCUCCACCCUGAGCGAAGCCGUGCCCGGCGAGAGCAGGUCCGCGGGCAUCCAGACCAGCCUGCUGUCUCCUCUCCUCACAGAGACCGAGUCGCCCUUCGAUCUGGAGCAGCAGUGGCAGGACCUCAUGUCUAUCAUGGAAUUCCAGGCUAUGGAAGUGAACAACACAACCGCAGAAACCCUGUACAACGGCACGAGCGGAGACCUGCUGACUUCGAACUACAGCCUCGCUCCGAACACUCCCAUCAAUCAGAAUGUCAGCCUGCAUCAGGCCUCUCUGGGUAGCUGCUCCCAGGACUUCUCCCUCUUCAGCUCAGAAAUCGAAAGCCCCUCCAUGGCUGGCAGCUCGGCCCUGCUCCAGCUGGCGCCGGACAACUCCACCGGCCUCAACACCACCUUCGGCUCCACCAACUUGAGCGGCAUCUUCUUCCCUCCGCAGCUGAACAGCACAGUCAACGAGACGGCUGGCCCCGAGCUGCCAGACCCGCUGGGUGGUCUUCUAGACGAAGCCAUGCUUGACGAGAUCAGCCUGAUGGACUUGGCGAUUGAAGAAGGUUUCAACCCGGUGCAGGCCUCGCAGCUGGAAGAGGAGUUUGACUCUGACUCGGGUCUUUCUCUGGAUUCCGGCCACAGUCCUGCUUCUCUGAGCAGCUCGGAAGCCUCCUCCUCCUCCUCCUCCUCCUCUUCCUCCUCCUCUUCCUCCUCGUCCUCUUCCUCCUCCUCGUUUUCUGAGGAAGGAGCUGUCGGCUACAGCUCAGACUCUGAAAACGUGGACUUUGAAGAAGCGGAAGGGGCGGUUGGAUACCAGCCAGAGUACAGCAAGUUCUGCCGCAUGAGCUACCAGGACCCGUCGCAGCUCCACUACUUGCCUUACCUGGAGCACGUUGGCCACAACCACACCUACAACAUGGCGCCGGGGGCCCUGGAUCCCGAGGAGCCCAAACUGCCCAGCGCGGGGAAGAAGAGCAGCAAGGAGAAGCCGUCCGAGUUCCUGGAUAAGCAGAUGAGCAGGGACGAGCAUCGAGCCAGAGCCAUGAAGAUCCCCUUCACCAACGACAAGAUCAUCAACCUGCCCGUGGAGGAGUUCAACGAGCUCCUCUCCAAGUACCAGCUCAGCGAGGCGCAGCUGAGCCUGAUCCGCGACAUCAGGAGGCGAGGCAAGAACAAGAUGGCUGCCCAGAACUGCCGCAAGAGGAAACUGGACACCAUCCUGAACUUGGAACGGGACGUCGAGGACUUGCAACGGGACAAGUCCAAACUGCUCAGGGAGAAGGUGGAAUUCCUCAAAUCCAUCCGCCAGAUGAAGCAAAAGGUGCAGAACCUCUACCAGGAAGUGUUCGGCCGCCUGCGGGACGAGAACGGCCAGCCCUACUCCCCCAGCCAGUACGCCCUGCAGUACGCCAGCGACGGCAGCGUCAUUUUGAUACCGCGCGCGGUGGCCGACCAGCAGGCCCGGCGGCAGGAGCGGAAACAGAAGGACCGCAGGAAGUGAAGGGCCGGCGACGCGGGAGGAGUGGGACACUCGCUCAAGUGAGAACUGGAGAAGGGCUGAGCCUGGAAGUACUUAGAGGAACUUUCAUGCCUUCUUAUCCGAUAUAUCUUCUCAAAAACACAAAAAAAAACCCCAAACGUGACUGCUGCCGGUCAGUGUACGGGAGAGACUGCGGGACCUGCAGGCUGAGCUUUGAGGGCUCCCUGCGGGGAGGGACGGGGAGGAGCGGACCCUGCACUGGCGAGCCCGGCGCCUUCCACAACCUGGAAUCCUUUGAGCGCAGGAAACGAGCUGGCAUCACCGGUGGCGAGACUGGCAGAGGUGGAAAAACUACUGUUAGGAACUGGCUUUAAAUAAGAAAAGAGAUUUGAGCAAACGAACUUAAAACAAGUUAUAGGAGAGACGUUUUUCUGAACUUCCAAAGUUCUGUGAUUUCAGAUUAACCAACAUCCCUUCCUAGAUCAGACCAGUGCACACAUGGAAACACAAGUUGGUGUGACUUCCAUUAACCCUUCCCAGUCUGAGGAAGCUCGGAGGGGGCUCGCGGGAGGACUGUUACCGUACGCGCGGAGGAGCUGUGAGG